AAGGGCGGGAGAGGGGGCGGGCAGCCGUGGGAAGGGUAGGCUGUAGUGGUUGAAAAGCCGCCGCCUGGCUGAGGAGCCGUGCCAGUGCGGGGUGGGCGCUGCCAGGGGGAGGCAGGAGGGCAGCGAGUUCGAGUCCCGCCUCCGCGAGCCCGAACCGGGAGCCCCUUCUCUGGGCUGCUGCACUCUCCUCAGCGGCGGAGGGACAGGAGCCAGCGGUCGUUUCUUUUCCCCUUCUUCCUCGUUUUUCCUCCUCGCGUGGAGGCCGCGGCAUUCUCUGUGGGGCGCCAGCCCGCAGGGACAGAGUUUGCCAGGAGUUUGUGCGGACUUCGGGCCCCGGCCCCCCCGCCCCGCCGCCGCCAUGCCCGUCUUCCACACGCGCACCAUCGAGAGCAUCCUGGAGCCGGUGGCCCAGCAAAUCUCCCACCUGGUCAUCAUGCACGAAGAGGGGGAGGUGGACGGCAAGGCCAUCCCCGACCUCACCGCCCCCGUCUCGGCCGUGCAGGCCGCUGUCAGCAACCUGGUGCGGGUUGGAAAAGAGACUGUGCAGACAACAGAAGACCAGAUCUUGAAAAGGGAUAUGCCACCAGCAUUUAUCAAGGUGGAGAAUGCCUGCACCAAACUUGUUCGGGCAGCCCAGAUGCUGCAAGCAGAUCCUUAUUCAGUACCAGCUCGUGACUAUCUCAUUGAUGGAUCAAGAGGCAUCCUUUCUGGAACAUCAGACUUACUUCUGACAUUCGAUGAAGCGGAGGUCCGUAAAAUCAUCCGUGUCUGCAAAGGAAUAUUGGAGUAUCUGACUGUGGCGGAAGUAGUAGAGACUAUGGAAGAUUUGGUGACAUACACAAAGAAUCUAGGGCCAGGAAUGACAAAGAUGGCCAAAAUGAUUGAUGAGAGACAACAGGAAUUAACGCAUCAGGAACAUAGGGUUAUGCUGGUAAACUCCAUGAAUACUGUGAAGGAGCUAUUGCCAGUACUUAUUUCAGCUAUGAAGAUUUUCGUAACCACGAAAAAUUCUAAAAGUCAGGGAAUAGAAGAGGCAUUGAAAAAUCGUAAUUUCACAGUAGAGAAAAUGAGUGCUGAGAUAAAUGAAAUAAUCCGUGUAUUACAACUCACUUCCUGGGAUGAAGAUGCCUGGGCGAGCAAGAAGGAUACUGAAGCCAUGAAAAGAGCAUUAGCCUUAAUAGAUUCAAAGAUGAACCAGGCAAAAGGUUGGCUGAGAGAUCCAAAUGCACCUCCAGGGGAUGCUGGUGAGCAAGCAAUAAGGCAGAUCCUUGAUGAAGCUGGAAAAGCAGGAGAACUGUGUGCCGGCAAAGAACGCAGAGAGAUUCUGGGAACAUGCAAAACUCUGGGCCAGAUGACUGAUCAACUGGCUGACCUCAGAGCUAGAGGACAGGGUGCUACACCCAUGGCUAUGCAGAAGGCGCAGCAGGUGUCACAAGGUCUGGAUUUGCUCACUGCAAAAGUGGAGAAUGCAGCCCGCAAAUUGGAGGCCAUGACAAACUCGAAGCAGGCAAUUGCUAAGAAGAUUGAUGCUGCUCAGAAUUGGCUUGCAGAUCCUAAUGGGGGCAGUGAAGGAGAAGAACAUAUUCGGGGAAUUAUGGCUGAAGCAAGGAAAGUCGCAGAAUUAUGUGAGGAGCCUAAAGAAAGAGAUGAUAUCCUUCGUUCCUUGGGGGAAAUCUCUGCUUUGACAGCUAAGCUGUCAGAUCUGCGACGACAUGGGAAAGGUGACUCUCCUGAGGCCCGUGCAUUGGCUAAGCAGAUAGCUACGUCACUUCAGAAUUUACAGUCCAAAACAAACAGGGCUGUAGCAAACACAAGGCCGGUGAAAGCAGCUGUCCAUUUGGAGGGCAAGAUUGAGCAAGCUCAAAGGUGGAUAGACAAUCCUACAGUUGCUGAUCGGGGAGUAGGCCAGGCAGCAAUUCGGGGUCUGGUUGCAGAAGGUCGUCGUUUAGCCAACGUCAUGAUGGGACCUUACCGUCAAGACCUGCUUGCCAAAUGUGACCGUGUAGACCAACUGGCUGCUCAGCUAGCUGACCUCGCAGCAAGAGGGGAGGGAGAAUCUCCUCAGGCCAGGGCAAUUGCUGCCCAGCUUCAGGACUCACUGAAGGAUCUUAAAACACGGAUGCAAGAGGCAAUGACCCAGGAGGUUUCUGAUGUUUUUAGUGACACCACAACUCCUAUUAAAUUAUUAGCAGUGGCAGCCACUGCUCCCUCUGAUGCUCCCAAUAGAGAUGAGGUGUUUGAUGAAAGAGCAGCAAACUUUGAAAACCACGCUGCCAGGCUGGGAGCUACAGCAGAAAAAGCAGCUGCAGUCGGAACUGCGAAUAAAACUACUGUGGAGGGCAUUCAAGCAACGGUGAAAUCAGCAAGGGAACUUACCCCACAGGUAGUAUCAGCUGCUCGUAUCCUCCUGAGAAAUCCUGGAAAUCAAGCUGCUUAUGAACAUUUUGAGACGAUGAAAAACCAAUGGAUUGAUAAUGUAGAAAAAAUGACAGGGUUGGUGGAUGAAGCCAUUGAUACUAAAUCUCUGUUGGAUGCAUCGGAAGAGGCUAUUAAGAAAGAUCUUGAUAAAUGUAAAGUUGCCAUGGCCAACAUGCAACCUCAGAUGCUGAUAGCUGGUGCCACCAGCAUUGCUAGACGAGCAAACCGCAUCCUACUGGUAGCGAAACGGGAGGUUGAAAAUUCAGAAGACCCUAAAUUCCGUGAGGCAGUUAAAGCAGCCUCUGAUGAGCUGAGCAAAACUAUAUCACCAAUGGUAAUGGACGCUAAAGCUGUGGCAGGCAACAUUUCUGAUCCUGGUUUGCAGAAGAGUUUCUUGGAUUCUGGAUACAGAAUUCUGGGAGCUGUGGCCAAAGUCAGAGAAGCCUUCCAGCCUCAAGAACCAGAUUUCCCCCCUCCUCCUCCUGACCUUGAGCAGCUUCAUCUGACUGAUGAGCUUGCUCCUCCAAAACCACCGCUUCCAGAGGGUGAGGUUCCCCCACCCAGACCACCACCACCUGAAGAAAAGGACGAAGAGUUCCCAGAGCAGAAGGCAGGAGAAGCUAUUAAUCAGCCCAUGAUGAUGGCUGCUAGGCAGUUGCAUGAUGAAGCCCGGAAAUGGUCUAGCAAGCCUGAUGUGACUGUGAUUAAUGAAGCGGCUGAGGCUGGUGUAGAUGUAGAUGAGGAGGAUGAUGCAGAUGUUGAAUUCACUCUCCCCUCUGACAUUGAAGAUGAUUACGAGCCUGAGCUGCUGUUAAUGCCAACCAAUCAGCCUGUUAACCAGCCCAUUCUGGCUGCUGCUCAGUCUCUACAUCGGGAAGCAACCAAGUGGUCUAGUAAGGGUAACGACAUCAUUGCUGCUGCUAAACGAAUGGCGCUUCUAAUGGCCGAGAUGUCGCGCCUGGUGAGAGGAGGGAGUGGGAACAAGCGUGCCCUUAUUCAGUGUGCAAAGGAUAUUGCUAAGGCCUCGGAUGAAGUCACUCGACUGGCCAAAGAGGUGGCAAAGCAGUGCACCGACAAGCGCAUCAGAACAAACCUCUUGCAGGUCUGUGAGCGAAUCCCAACCAUCAGUACACAACUCAAAAUUCUUUCCACCGUCAAAGCUACCAUGCUGGGCAGAACUAACAUCAGCGAUGAAGAGUCGGAACAGGCAACGGAGAUGUUGGUUCAUAAUGCCCAGAACCUCAUGCAGUCUGUGAAGGAAACUGUGAGAGAAGCUGAAGCCGCAUCCAUUAAGAUAAGAACAGACGCUGGAUUCACUCUUCGCUGGGUCAGAAAGACCCCAUGGUAUCAGUAAACACUUGCCACAUAAGUAUUGUUUUCUGUAACAUAAAAUGCCUUUUUUUGGAAACAGAAGAGAUAUAUUAACAGCAAAAGGUGCUGUAUACAUGAGCUUACGAUUAGCUUAUGCUAAUGGCCCAUUCUAAGGGUAUGAAUUACAUGAGAAUGCAUUUCAAAUGUCUUCGGAACGCAUUUGAUAUCAAACACCUCAAAACUGCUUCCAACAGUAGACAGUUCUUAUCCUUUUUUUUUUUCUUUGAAGAUUCUCUUCAUGAAUUCUGUACUGCAGAAGCACAUUUCAUUUAUGCACUGUAUAUUCCAGUAGUUUCCAUGUAAUGAUAUAAAACAUGGACCUCACUUUAAGCUUGUGUUGAGAGUCUAGGACACUAUUGGUUACCUGGCAGUUUUUUUAGGGACAAUCAUUGAUAUAGAAACACUCAACUUUUCAAUAGGAUUUUAGCUGGCUGUUUUUAAACCAUACAGAAAUGAUGGAAGGUGUGGGGUUUUUAAUUAAAAGGAGGGGGGGGCAUGUCAGCAGAAUAGUUGUAAACUAAUGAUUAAAAUUCCAUCUCCAAAAUGAUAUUUUUUUGCUUUUGAUUUUUGCCUGGCAACAGAACUUUAACAAAAACUGGAGCUGUCUUUGUCACCCUCCUGUCACCCUGUAGGUCGGCAUUCCAGAAUUCUCGUGCUGUACUGACAUGCUUUGCAGUGUAUGUUAGUGGCACACUGUCGACAGCUUGAGUCAGGGCUGGAGACCUUAAAUCACGGAACUCACUCUUUCUUGCUCAAUUCAGUAAUGUAUUGAGAUGAAAAAUCCUGGUUCUCUUAAGCUAGCUGUGUGUCUAGGGCCAGCAAAUGCCCCAUGCUGGCUCUUUCCUUUUGAAAACCGAAUGAGCACAUGCAGUUAUUCUUUUUUUCCUCCUCUUUCCAUCUAAUGUUAUUCCAUCCGCUCAAGAUGGAAAUUAAAAGAUAAAGAUAUUAGAAGAGACCUUUUUCCUCACUGCCCUGGUUUCCAACGACGCAUAAGCUUUUUGAAACCCAGGCACUGCAGGGACACGAAACCCUUUUCAGGCAGUCUGAUGGCUACCAGCAAGAGGUGGUUCCUAAUGCUGAACACACUAGGAUAUUUUUACUGGUUUUCACGUUUGGAGGCUCAAAAUCUUCUUUCGAGUUCUAGUAAUAGUGAAGUCAACAAAGUUACUGUAUCUUUAAAAAAACCUAACAAACCCACAACAAUGAAACGCCACAAAAUCCCCCCACUCUGUUACUAAAAUAGACUUGGGAUGCUUUUAUUCUUCUGUAAUUAAACACGCUGUCAUAGAGAUACAUAUAUAUGUACACACACACAUUAAUUUAAUUGCUCCAUAGUCUCUUUUGGCAUGUGGCGGAAAGGAGAGCGAGUGUGUUAGAAUGAGUCUCCGUGCGUUUGCAAGGAACACUUGCAGGUUCCUGCCCAGAUCAGCACUCGCCUCGCGCUGCCCUCUUAAUCUGCUGGAAAUCGAUGCAGGAUCAAACCACCUUUUAAUCAAAGUGCCCUUGUGGAAGAACUGCUCAGUCUUAACAGCUCGAAGAGACACACCGGACAGUCCGCUCUCCUUUACCUGUCUGCAACAGUUAUUCUACAGUUGGACUUCCUCCCCUCCACCCCCCUUCAUUGCACUGUUAUUCAAAAAGGGAAGUUAAACUAUAUCAUUAUAAUCCAUCUGCCUCAAACUGAUGCUAGCAAAAGAAAGCAUGUGCUCGCCUUUCAUUCACUCCUUGCGCCUGCGUAUUGUGAAAUACGCGGUACUUGGGGUCUUUUCCUCAGUUUUCUCUUCCUGCAGUUACCUGCAAGAGGAAGAGGAAGGAAGGGGUGCCGGAGCCUUAACCUGAAUGUCUCGCAUUUGGUUGGUUUAUACCAGAUCUUUAACAUAAUUGUAAUGUAGUAAUUUCUAUUUAAUAGUAAAUAACACUGAAUAGGUAGGGGUUAUUUUUAAGGGAUUUUCUAAAUAGUCUUCCUAUAUUACUUUUUGAUGCUCCUCACAUUUCUUCCCCCCCCCAGUUCAGGCUUCUCUGUGAGAUUUUGGUUUUUUUUUAGCGUCACUGUUUAGUUGCUUGACUGAUAUUAAUGCAAUAUUACUAAUGCCUUUAAUACAUAAUUGUUUAUGCCAAAGAUCACUUUUUGUUUAUCGAGGAAUGUUUGCAGGAAAGUUAUGAGUCAUGGUUGCCUUUGAUAUUCUUCCAGAAUGUUUGCUAUAAGCUCUUAAACUGUUUUGUAGAAGCUGAAAUACUCGUCCAGCUUAUGCAAUUGCUGCUUUUUUGAACACUAUUGGUCUUCGGACCUGAAAUGCAGCAAAAAUUUGCAAAAGACCAUGAAUGUCACUUAGAAAUGUUUUACCACUAUAAAACUUUGUUUAUAAACCAAAAUGUAUUGUAUAGUCUAAUGUUUUCAACCUUUCUUUGGUUCUGUUAAAACAAUAAAACUGCAUUUGUAUAAACGUCAGCUCGUGAGUGUUAAUGCCAAGGGAGCGGUGGAGAACACUGCAACAACGAGAGGAGCAAAAAGCCGAAGCAGCAGAAAUACUAAAGCCAAAGAACAGUGGUUUCUACAUAUUCUGAACAAAAAAGUGCAAAGUUCCUCAUCAGCAGGAGAUUAAAGCAAGUUGUUUCUGUCUUUCAUGCCCAUAAAAUGAAUAAUUAAGGAACUUAUUGGAAGCUGUGGUCCAGUGGGUGAAAGCAGGAGUUUUUCCAGAGGCCUGAUGGUCGUCUGUUCCUGUAGCACUGAACAAGGUUCUGGAAACUUGAAACGAGAUUUGCCUGAUCCUGUCAAUAAGGGAAGAACUGCUGCUCUGGCCAACACCUCAUUUAUCUGAACUUUACUUCACAAAUUGAAUGGAAGGGCGAUUAGCAUGGAACCACUGUCCUGUUCCUUUCACUUCUUCACAGUAAAAACCUCUUACAAACACUUUUUCUUGAUAAAAACUUCUACCAGCACACAUAAUGUUCCAACUUUGUGGAACCAACAUUUAUUGGUGCUGUAAGGACCAAACACAGUCCCACAGUGCUGGAAGGCAUCUUGGGUUUAGUAAUAAAAGGUAAACUUUGGAUUUCA